GAAGCGGAAGCUCGUAGUUUGCGCAACAGACAAAGUUUAUUGUCGCGACGUGUUUUUGAGUUUCUCUUUGUUGUUUUGUAAGGACGCAGAUGUAAGUUCGCUCUCAACGCGACUGUAUUAGUUUAUACACUUUAUGAUGACCAAAGAAAAGCGACACAGGAGGAGGGAAUCUCCCGAGCGGGAGUCCAAAGUGAAGAUUAAGCAGGAGAAACUGAGCCCGGAAAGGCCACAGACAUCGCGCCGCUCUCGAUCCAGAUCCGCUGGCCACUCGAGUCCACCGAGGAGACGAAAUAGCAGGUCACCUGUAAGAACGAGAGACCGCUCUCCAGGUAGAAGAGACACUUCUCCAGGUAGAAGAGGCAGCAGGUCGCCCAGAAACAGGAGGAGUCGAAGUCCUCCCCGCGGUGCUGAUGUCAAAGUAAAACGGGAACGGGAGGAGUCUCGGGCGAGUGGUGACGAGAGGAGGAGAAGAAACAACCCACCAGAAGAGAGACGGAGCAGGUGGGAAUCAGACAGACCGCAGAACACAGAGCCGGACAGAGACCACAGUGGAGACAGAGGCCGCAGCGGAGACAGGGACAGAGGCCGCAGCGGGGACAGAGACCGCAGCGGAGAGAGGGACAGGGACCGCAGCGGAGACAGACACAGAGGCCGAGGCGCAUUUGCCGCCCAACAAGCUGAGCGACAGCAGAACAACCAGCGGCGCAGGGAAAACCGCCAGCGCCGCGAGGAAAACCAAGAGGAAGAUUUCGGAAGGUCAGAGGAAGGAGACGACGACUCCAAUCCCGCUCCUGCUGAGGUGGAGAAGCCCAACUUCGGGCUGUCCGGGGCGCUCACAGAAGAUACAAACACAUUCCGGGGGGUGGUGAUCAAGUACAACGAGCCACCCGAGGCGCGCAUUCCCAAACGCAGAUGGCGACUGUACCCUUUCAAGAAUGACGAACCCCUUCCUGUGAUGUACAUUCACAGACAGAGUGCCUAUUUGUUGGGGAGGCAGAGAAAAAUCGCUGAUAUCCCCAUUGACCACCCAUCCUGCUCAAAGCAACAUGCAGUAUUCCAGUACAGACUGGUGGAGUUCACACGAGCAGAUGGCACCUCUGGACGCAGGGUACGGCCUUACAUCAUUGACCUGGGCUCGGGCAAUGGCACCUACCUGAAUAACCAGCGCAUCGAAUCCCAGCGUUAUUACGAGCUCAAAGAAAAGGACGUGAUCAAGUUUGGCUUCAGCAGCCGCGAGUACGUCCUCCUGCACGAGUUCUCAGAUACCGCCGAGGUGGACGCCAAGCAGCAGGAAGACGAAGAGGACGAGGGCCUCGACGAGUAAAUAGCUCUCACACUCUCUUUCGCCCGUGUUCAUUCAGGCUUAGAUAACAUCAUCGACCUAAUAUCGGACAGUUGUUUCUGCAGGGAAUGAAACAAUGUAUUGAUGGUUAAUAGUGGACUACACUAAAACGAUGGAACACAGCUUGUUUGUAUUUUAUGUAAUUACCGAACUAUUGCUUAAACCUGCCACAACUGUCUCCAGGAAGACUCCCUAUUCUCAGGUUGUUUGUGUAACGUCAGAGGGAUGCAUGACUGACCUCAACAGCAGACAGUGCCCACAACAUAAAGUGCUUGGUGCUAGAUAGAGAUAUCUCGCCAAGUGAAAUAGUUUAUUAUAUUUUUGGAUUACAGCACUGAGUGCAACGUUUAGCUGAAUAAUCAAAUCUUGUUUUCUGUCUUUGGGCUAUAGAUGUCAUCGUACAUGAUAUGUGGAAUGUGAACUCUAGAUUCAUGUUAUUCAGCAUCGUGAUGGAGUUAAACUUUACAGAUAUUCAACUUAGAAUGAUGUUGCCUUUUUUUUUUUUUUUUUUGCUUUGUAGAGCAGGGAAAAAAGUUGAUACUGUUGUGUGUUUAAAGACUUCCCCUUCGUUUGUCUUUACUGAAGCCCACCCCAUUUAUAGUCAAUGUCCUUUUAUGUAUUGUAAAUAAAGACCGUAAAAGUU